AUGUGUAAACUGGAUCAGAAUGAACUAGGUAUGGUUGAGGAGCUUCAUAAUAAUGGGCUUCGAACAAAAGACAUUUAUAAUGUUUUAGCAUCUGUGAGCUCAAAGUAUGUACAUAAAUAUGAUAUUUAUAAUGCUGUUAGUCAUCAAUAUCAGCAAAAAUUACAAGAGUUAAAUGAAAUUGAGAUGCUGCUCAAAACUUUACAAAAUAAUAAAAAUAUUAUGACAAGUAUGGCAACUAAACCUGCAUAUAAUGAUGAACAUGAUCAAGAUGGAUCAUUUAUCCAAGCAAUUUUCUGGGCACAUCAAAAUGCAUUUUCUGAAUUUGCAAUAGCAAAGAAUAUAUUGAUUAUUGACAUGAUAUAUAAAACUAACAGGUUACUUGCGACAAUUCAGCAAAAACAUCAAGAACACAUUUAUAAGAUUGAAUAUGAAACAUUUUUAUAUCAGAAUAGGCAUAUACAAGAUGAUAAAGAUAUAGGUCUGGAAAAGUUACAUUCAGUAUGUUCACAAUUUGCAUUUGAAACUUAUAUAAAAAAACAAAGAGAUCUUGUAAUAUCUGGAGAGUAUGGUGUUCUUAAACAUGAUGAUAAUUUAUAUGAUAUAGUACAAAUUGGUGAUCAGGUGUACAAUCCACUUAGUGAUGGUCAUUGUGGCUUUCGAUCAUUAGCCAUAGCUAUAUUUCAAGAAGAGAAAAAAUGA